UCUUGCGGUCCUGAUCCGAUCUGCUUCCUACUUGCUCCUCAAGCUGGUGAACGCCAAAUUACACCAACUCGCGACCAAAGACGCACAUCAGCUGCGAACAAGUCGCCAAAAAAGCCGUGCGUCAGUUACAUUCCACCCAAGUCAUUUCAUUGAAGGUUUUCGAUCCAUAGUUAGAAGUUGUUCUAUCCGCAUCACUGCACGCUCCUCAUCGUUCCAGAUGGACAUCGAUAUGAGUAGGAGGAAUAAGAAGCCCCGCCUUCUACUGGAAUCCGAACGAGAAAGGCUCGAGGAAUUCAUCGAUUCUAUCCACUACUCCGCAAGAUAUUCCGAUGAUCAAUUUGAAUACCGUCAUGUUCAGCUCCCCAAAAACAUGCUUAAAAAGAUUCCGGCCGACUACUUUGACAGCUCGAAAGGAACUCUUAAACUGCUCUGGGAAGAGGAGUGGAGAGCCCUGGGCAUUACACAGAGCUUGGGUUGGGAGCACUACGAAGUUCAUGAGCCGGAACCGCACAUUCUGCUAUUCAAGCGCCCCCUCAACUACCAGCCACCAAUGUCACAGUAAAUAUACCUCGAGUUCGAUGGUCAAUAUUUAGCCUUUCUCUUCUCAUUUCCCCAUUGCUUGGACGAGCAAACGGCCGCGAAAUAAGGUGCGGAGUAUGCAUAAAUGAGAUUGUUCUUAGGCAAUCAGGUGCUUCUUGCAUGAAGUUUCGACAAGAAAUAUAAUUCAAUGCUGCUAGAAGAUACCUCGUUUGUCG